AUGGCAUUUCUGAAGCGUCUCAAUACGCACUUCCGCUCCAAAUCUUCUGCUACAGACAGUGGUUUCGCUCAGACUCGUGUCGCAGAGACGUCACUUUCGGACUUCUCAGCAACUUCAAUCUUCGGUAAAGAUUCAGCUGUCAUCGACGGUGACCGUGAUCCUGUUCGUUAUGAAGAUGCCCAAGUCGCUGCCGCGCCGACAGGCAACGACUGGGAAUUUAACCCACCACUGAAUCGCGCGAACGCGAAGGCUCGAGUCGAUGCGAUGCGGAAGGCCCUGUUGCCCCAGCCCGCCGAACAGAUGAAGGGAAUCAUGACUGUUGGCACUCAUGAACCUUGUGUUAGUCUUGCGAAGAACCACCUAAUUACCACCCCGAUUCAGGAGGAGGAUGCGCAUGUCCAGAAAGAUCUCUCAGUUCUGCAAACAGAUAUCCUGUGGGCCUCCGUUAUUCCAAUCAAGAUCCAUGGCGGGUCAACAGCUUGUCAUCAUUGCGGUUCCGAUUUCUCGUUUCCUAAAGAGUUCGGAUGGAGGCUUCACUCCUGUGGCCACUAUUACCACGUCUCCUGCUUUAGAGACUUUGUCCUUGCAGCUGCAGUGAAGGAACAGAAAGCCGUCCAGCAGCCUUGCUUGUUGUGCGAAAACCUCCACCGUCAGUUCGCAGCAUUUAACCCAGGUGACAUACGUGCUAGGACUCAGCGUCUCGAGGCCCAUCUCCUUUACUACAAAGUGGACUGCUACGGUGCGGGUGCGGCUACCGAGCAAGUAGAAGCGUUCCAGGGCGAUGUUCCGAAUGCUAACGAUGGAAAUAGCUAUCCUGGCCGAUCGGGCUUUAAACUGCACGCCCGUCUCUCUACGCUUUGUGCUGAUGUGGAAGAUAGGAAGCAACGCCAUAGGAGCGCAGCCCAGGUCCAGAAGCAAGCGUGGCGCAAGAGUAUCCCUGCUGGUGCUGAUAUGGACACACUGGAGCACGCCUGGAAGCUGAACUCGAAUCAUCCCAUAUUUGAAGGCUUAUCGAAACUGGAUAAGGACCGAUUCUUCCAGCGGUUGAAGGAGCUGGACGAGAAGCUUGAAGAGACGAGGACCGAUAGAAAUGAGACGAGCCUCCGAAAAGACAAUCUCACAAACGAGUUGGACUCUGCCAACCCGUUGAGAGGGUGA